GACACGCUCGGAAGCCCGGCAAGGAGGGGCACCACGUUCGCGCGGCCGCUGGAAAAAGUGCAGAUGCCCCAGUUCUUGCGUCUCCUGAGCCCAGAACGCGGGUGCGGCGCGGUCGGGCAGAGCCCGGGGCUUCCCCCCCCCCGCCCCCGGAUUGGAAACGGCGGAAACAGGGGGCGGGGCCGAGGCGGGCGUAGGGGGCGGAGCCACGGCGGCGGCUAUGUCCUUGGAGCGCGGCUCGGGACACGAGUCCAGCCGGACGGUCCGAGCAGCUCGGCGGCUGGAAUUCUGAGGGCCCAGCGGGCGGCGAUCACCAUGUUGUGCAGGGCGGCGUGCAGCUCGAGCAGGAAUCUGGUGCCGGCUUUGGGGGUCCUGGGCUCCCGGCAGAAGCACACCCUCCCUGACCUGCCGUACGACUAUGGCGCCCUGGAGCCGCACAUCAACGCCCAGAUCAUGCAGCUGCACCACAGCAAGCACCACGCGGCCUACGUGAACAACCUGAACGUCGUGGAGGAGAAGUACCAGGAGGCGCUGAAAAAGGGUGAUGUUACAGCUCAGGUAGCUCUGCAGCCUGCAUUGAAGUUCAACGGUGGAGGCCACAUCAAUCAUAGCAUUUUCUGGACAAAUCUGAGCCCUAACGGUGGCGGGGAACCCAAAGGGGAAUUGCUGGAAGCCAUCAAACGCGACUUUGGUUCCUUCGAAAAAUUCAAGGAGAAGUUGACCGCUGUAUCCGUCGGCGUCCAAGGCUCAGGCUGGGGUUGGCUCGGUUUCAACAAGGAACAGGGCCGCUUGCAGAUUGCCGCUUGUUCUAACCAGGAUCCCCUGCAAGGAACAACAGGUCUUGUUCCGCUGCUGGGGAUCGACGUGUGGGAGCAUGCGUAUUACCUUCAGUAUAAAAACGUCAGACCUGAUUACCUGAAAGCUAUUUGGAAUGUAAUCAACUGGGAGAAUGUAACUGAGCGAUACGCCGCUUGCAAAAAGUAAAACAUCAGCCUCACACCGAGUACAUCAAGCUCUUUGGGGCUGUUUUUGUAGGAGCGCCGAAUACCGCAGGGUACCAAUAAGCUGCUCUAUUGUAGUGUUUCUGAAUGUGGCUUGUUCGGGUAUUUGAUAAACACAAUGUAGUGCCAUGAAGAAUUUCUUUUAAAAUUUGGUUAUUAGGCAACUGUUUGAAAAUGUUAAAUGCUUCGUAUGAUGUAGUCUUUCGAAUGUUUUCCUCAGAGAGUGGAAAGAGCCAGGAGGUUAUAAAACCAUCCCAAACCAUCAUAAAACCAUCCAAAAUGUUUCAUCCCUCUACUGUUGGGGUCUCUAGGGAAGCCUUUCUAAUCCUGUUCUGUUGCAGUUACAGAAAAUCUAGUCUUUUGCCCCAGUUGUUUAAUAAUAAAAUAGUAAAUUUAUUUCCCAAGGGAAAUACUCAGUUUUCUAUUGAAAAUUGCUCUUUUUGUAAGUAAUUCUCUGUCCAGUAUUACUUUAGGCAGGUACCACCCAGUGGUCUUUAGCUACUUAUAAGUGAUCACAUGUUACCCAGGGUUAACACUAUCCAUUUUGUCAUUAAAAAUAUAUAACUUGUUUGCUAAUGAGAAUUGCUUUAUUAUGAGAAGGAGAUGGUAGUACCUCUGAAUUUUUCUGUAGAGAGAAAAUAAAGACUUUUGUGAAAUUUUGUCCUCACAUAUAGAGAUGUGUGUUGUCUAAGUGCUCAAAACGGACCGAGUGGGGCCUGGUUAAUCAAGACCAGUGGUAGGGAUGUGGCCUCAUCCACAUCUUCUGGCCGGGCACUUGUCCCACGCUACCACCCGCUGUGGGCCGGUUCACAAAGCAUCCUUCUAAGAGCACAGGCUUGGGCCUGGUCCUGCCUUCCCGAGUGGUGAGAGACAGAUUGGCUCCUGGACGUGGUUGGGCACAUGCCACCCUCAGGACUUUUCUUUUCUUUUUCUUUCUUUUUUUUGGGGGGGGGGGUUAAUUUUUUUUUUUUUUAAAGUAUAAUCGAUUUACAAUGUGGUGCCAAUUUCUGCUGCAAAGUGACCCAGUCUUUCAGAGGUUGAUUUUGAGUUGUAUCAUCCCCUUCGAUGGUUCUCUUUUCUUCUAGAAAAUGUCCAGUCACUGUCAACGUUUUAUGUGGUUUCGUUUCCCCAGUACAGAGGAAACGACAUCCCUAAUGCAGUGGCACAGCUGUCAAAGGAUGCUCCUGUUGGCUUCCUGCAAGUGGAGCUGUCCAGCAGGGCCUCGUCUGGACUUGGUGUAACAUUGGUCAGGCCUCUGUCUUCCUCCUCGUUGUUAAUGGCCGUAUACUUUUUAUCAGUUGGACAUUUCCUCAUUUGUUUUACAGUUCUGUUACUGAGUAUUUUGUUUGUUUCUUAGUGUUAUUAUUACAAACAAUGCUGUUCCGAGCAACCCACAUAGGUUUUACCUUCUAUUGGAAUAUUUUCUCUGUAUAGGUUUUAGUCUUAAACCGAUUUAGUAAUGGGGUGUUUUCCCCAAGUUUAUUUUUUCACUGAAAAUUUUUCCUCCAACUUUUAUUUUCCUAUUUUUUUUUCAUGGAAAAAUGGAGUAACCUAGCAGUUUCAAUAUUGAAGACUGAAGUUUCUAAAAAAUUGAAAUUCAAGGCACUUUUCUUUUAGAAUUCAGUUAGCAAAGUGUUUAGGCUUUCUGGGUUGGCAGCAGUGUUAAAGAGACUCGUGGUACCUGUGUGUUUAUGCUUGUGGGUUGAAAACACCUCAGACUCUUUGGUUGCCAUCCUUCAUAUACUGCAGUAAAAUGGCUUUCGCGAAGUGCAAUAUGGGAGUCCCGUGACUGCUGCUUACAUGUAUCCUAUAUACACAUAUAUAUGCCCAUGUAUAAAAAGGCAGUCAUGUGGCUGCUGCUUACAUAUAUCCUAUAUACACAUAUACAUGCCUAUAUGUAAACAAAGCAGUGAGCUCUGUAAACAGACCGUUGAGAAAAGUCAGACCUUUUGAAUAGGACUGGUCUUUUAGAUCCGGGUUUGUAUUGAACUAACGAAGACAUGCAGAGACUACUGACUUUUAUAAACCUUUUGAACUCUCGUUAAGCCUUAAGAUUAAACAAAUUCAAAGUUGAAAUUUCUAUGAGGCUCUAUUUUUGCUUUGAUUGUACAUUGAGGACAACGGAAAGUUCCUGGCUUCCACUAAGGUUUUGGAUUUGAAGAGACUAAGCUAACAUACAGAGGAAAGAUUUUCAUCAUGUGGCAGAAAAUGAGACCCUAAGAUUCUGUUUCGCCCUACUUUUCAUAACAGAAAAGAAACAGAAAAGGUAAAACAACCGUUUCUUCUGGAAAGAGCAGGGAUGGUUCACUCAGGAAGGAUUUUUGUGACUGAAUCAGCAGUGCCUGUUCUAGUUACAGAUGCGCUGCAAACACUUUAGCUGGCAGUGGGGGACUCUGCAAAACAGACAGUGUCUGUGAAAGAGUAUGUGUCACUGGAACUGUGAUAAUUAAACUCUGAUACCGAGAAAUGACCGCUUUAUUGCACACCUCAGAUUCAUGAGUCUAAAGUGAGAUGUGAAUUUCUAUGGAGUACUUUUAAAGAGUAAUACCAAAAAUCAUAAAAUUAAGAUUGAUGUUUGUUGUCAGUUACAUAGGUAUAAAUAAGUAGGUAUGAAUACAAAUUGUAUUUCCUCUUUUAAUUUCAGGGGAGCUGUUUUUUGGGAACACAAUUGGGUAACUGUCAUUUUCAGUCACACUGAUGAUACCAGCAAGCUAAUGUCCUGUCUUUUAGGAUAUGCAUGGUACAUGCUAAAAAUCCUAUAAGGUCCUGGAGAGCUUUCAUUUAAUUAUUCAUUAAAGAAGCAUUUAUUUUCA